GCGGCGGCGGCGGCGGACGAUGGGUGCUGGCAGGGCCCCGCCGCGGCCGAGACGAAGCGGCUGCUGCGCCUCGCCGGACCGAUGGUCGCCAGCUGCUUCCUGCAGAACGCCGUCAACAUAAUGUCCCUCAUGUUCGUCGGCCACCUUGGCAAGCUAAAUCUCUCCGGCGCCUCCCUCGCCAUCUCCAUCACCAGUGCCACCGGCCUCAACAUCAUCACCGGUAUGGCGACUGCGCUGGACACCCUCUGCGGCCAGGCGUUCGGCGCGCGGCAGUACCACCUGCUCGGCGUCUACAAGCAGCGCGCCAUGCUGGUGAUCGGGCUCACCUGCGUCCCCUUCGCCCUCGUCUGGGCGUACACCGGCCAGAUCCUGGUAUUCCUUGGCCAGGACCGCGCCGUCGCCGCGGAGGCCGGCGCCUACGCGCGGUGGCUCAUCCCGUCCAUCUUUGUGAACGUGCCGCUGCAGUGCCACAUCCGGUUCCUGCAGACGCAGAGCCUCGUCCUGCCCGUCAUGGCGAGCUCGGGCGCCACGACGCUCUGCCACGCCGCCGUGUGCUGGGCGCUGGUGUACAAGGCCGGCAUGGGGAGCAAGGGCGCCGCGCUCAGCAACGCCAUCUCCUACUCCGUCAACCUGGUGAUACUGGCCGUGUACGUCAGGCUGUCGAGCGCCUGCAGGCGUACAUGGAACGGCUUCUCCGUCGAGGCGUUUAAGGAGCUGCGGCCUUUCGCAGCUCUCGCCGUGCCAUCUGGGUUCAUGAUAUGCUUGGAGUUUUGGGCUUUCGAAGUCAUCGUGCUGCUGUCUGGUCUCCUGCCGAAUCCUCAGCUACAGACUUCAGUGCUGUCAAUUUGCCUUAACAGUACGAUUCUGCUAUUCAUGAUACCAUUGGGGCUUAGUUACUCCGUUAGCACGCGUGUUUCGAACGAACUUGGUGCUGGGCAGCCUCAGCCAGCAAAGUUGGCGGCGAGGGUAGUCAUGUGCAUGGCCUUAUCUUCAGGAUUCGUUCUGACCUUGGCCAUGGCCCUGCUACGCAACGUUUGGGGACACAUGUACAGCAGUGAUCGUGAAGUCGUGGCGUACUUCGCUAGGAUGCUCCCGGUUGUUGGAAUAUCUUUCUUCAUGGAUAGCAUUCACGGCACUCUCUCAGGCGUGCUCACAGGCUGCGGCAAGCAAAAGAUCGGCGCAGCCAUUAAUCUCGGGGCGUUCUACUUGGUAGGCAUUCCGAUGGCCGCGGUGCUUGCGUUUGUCUUCCAUAUGAAUGGGAAGGGCCUUUGGCUUGGCAUCGUCUGCGGCAGCCUCACCAAGGUUCUCCUGUUCGCAUCUAUUGCGUGGUUCACAGACUGGAACAAGGAAGCAGUCAAGGCAAAGGACAGGGUGUUCGGCUCAUCUCUACCAGUGUCAUGA